UCAUACAGUUAAGCCAUCUUCAUACACUCUCUCACAACAGUUACUUUUACCUAUGUCUUGAAUAGCAUUUUCUGUUUUUGUCUAAUUGAUUGACUGACUAAUGACUGAAGUAUUUUGCUCUGAGUAUUUUGGUCUGCUGAUGUGGCCUCUCAACAGGGGGAUAAUGUGAACUGAAGGGAGGGAACAUUUCAGUAAGAGGAGGAGGCAGGAAGGAGGGGAGAGGAGGAGCAGAUACGUUGAGAAUGUAAAAAUAGACAAUCAAAUAAAAGGAGGGAGAAUGUAUGGGAGCAGAAUUGGACCAUACAAACAGAUACCUUCAAAGAGUGGGUGAAAAGGAGAGGAAAAGCUAUGCAGCUGGCAAGACGCAGAAGAACAAGGGGAAUAGCAACGGAAUACAGAAGCAAGUGAAACUCUGCUUGCCAUCUUGACCAUGAUGCACCUGACUAUGAACCUGCUCUGCCUGCUGGUCCUGACCUUUCAUCCUGACCUGGCCAUGGGAGGAAGAUCCCAGCGCAGACAAAGGCAGGCUGAGGACAGUCUGAGACCAUACCUGGGUAGAGUGGACCCAGUCCAACUGUGUGAGCUGCUGAAGUGUCACAGUCCAAUGGGCUCCUGGUGCCAGGUGGUGCAGGACAAUGGAGUCCUCGUCCCAAAGUGUGUGUGUCCUAAGACCUGCCCACGGCAGGGGGAACCAGUGUGCAGUGUUCUGGGAAAGACCUUUGGGAACGAGUGUCUGCUGCAUAGAGAAGCCUGCCGCAAGAGACGUCGCAUUGGACUGGCUCAUAUAGGGCCCUGUCUGGUUCCCAAGUCAAACUGCACAGAGGAGGAGUAUGGCCAGUUCCCAUACCGCCUAAUGGACUGGUUCCUCCUACUGAGUCGUAUGGGAGAGUCUUAUGCCCCCUAUGCUCCGCCGCAGAGCUGCCUGAGCCACGCCCAGCGCACCCAACUAGCCCAGCGGAGGUUUGCCCUGCUGGACAAGAACAAGGACGGGAAGCUGAGCCGGAGGGACCUGAGGAAGUUGCGCUACAAGAGGAUGCCUCUGGAGCAAUGUGCUACCUUCUUCUUCCAGUCAUGUGACCGUAACAAGAACAGUAAGGUGACCCUGCAUGAAUGGAUCUCCUGUCUGGUGGAUCGCUCAGAGAGCUGGUUCUACAGCUUUAUGUCUAUGAAAAUGGGAUCCGGUAAGCUGUGUCCCAUGAAGACCGACAACCACCUUUGACCUGGACAUGAACACAUCUCCUCUCGGUUGUCUACAUGUACAUCUGUUUAUCACUGCUAUCUACAAUAAUCAGCAUCAAAGAUUAUCCACCUUUUAUCCACUGCCAGCAUCAUACUCCCCCUAACUGUCACACUCAUUACUGUGUUUGUUUUUGAUUUAUGACAUCAUCUGUUUUGUGACGUCCACUGUACAUUCAUCUGUGUGGAGAAAUGGCCUGUAAUAAAUGUCUAUGAGA